UUAACAGUAUAAGAUGCAAACUACGAAAUAAUAAAAGAAAGAGAAGAAUUAAGAGUAAAGAUCGCUUAAUUAGAAUAAAAUCAUAUAUAAGAGCUUGAUAUUCUAAAAAACAAUAUAAUAGCCGAAUGCGAAUCGACAAUAGAAAAAGAAUUGCGUGAAUAAGAACUUUCAUAUGAAAAUAGAAUAAGUUAAUUAGAUUGUGAAGUAAAAUGCUAAAUAAAAAAAAGUGAAUAAUUAGAAACAUAACUAUCCAAAACAUAAAAUGAGAACUCUUCAUUAAGAACCGAGAAUAACAAACUAAAUGAAAAAUUGUAAAAAUAAUAUAGUAAAAUUCAAAAUUUAGAAACUGAAUUAGUAAAUAAAAUAAAUGAAUUAAAUCAAUAAUUUAAAGAAAAAAUAACUAAUUCUUUAAAAGAAUAAGAAAUAAUGUUACAAAGUGUUUUUAAUAAAGAAAAAAAUAACCUUUUAUAACAAAUAGAAGAAUACAAAAUAAGAAUUACUGAAUUUCAACAAAGAAUGAAACAAGUAUUUUUAGAUUUAGAAAAAAUAUAAAAUGAAUUAAAUUCUAAAAUAAAUUUAGCAUAAGAAUAUAAAAUUAAAUAUGAAAGUCUUUAAAAAACAUAAGAAAUGUAGACUUUUUAAUAUUAAAGAGAAAUCGAAUAAAUAUAAAGUUAAAUACCAUCUGUUAGUUAUGAAUAUGAAAUAAAAGAAUUGCGUGAAAAAUUGUAGAAAAAAAAAGAAAAAAUUAAAUAAUGUAAAUAGAAAGUAAUUGUAAAUACAGAAACUGUAAUUGUGGAAAAGCCAGUAGAAGUUGAAAGAAUUGUUGAAGUAAUUAAAUAUGUUCCUGUUGAGAAAAUCGUUAAAUAAAUUAUUCCUCCUAAAUAACCUAUUGUAAUUUAAGAAUGUGGUGUUUAAAAAGAAGUAGAAAAUCAUAAUGAAGAAAUUCUAAUUGUAAAAGAUUAAAAAAUAUAAGAUCUUACUGUUUAAAUAGAUAGAAUUACUAAACAAUAUAAUGAAUUAAUCGAAUCAUAUUCAGAAUUAGAAUCUGAAUAUAAUUUUGUAAUUUCAGAUAGAUAAAAUAUACUAAAUUAAAUCAACAAUUAUAAUGUAUACAUUAAAUAGUUAGAAUUAUAAUAUUCGCAUAAAAAUUAAGAAUUAAUGGACCGUAUUGCAUUAAUUUAAGCUUUUUUAAGUAAAAAAAAAAGCGAUCCAAGUAAAAUUAUAAUAAAGGUAGGGGAAAAAGGUGUUCCUAUAGUAGAAAGGAUAUGA